CAGGGAUUUCCCUCCUCCACCCCUGCUUUGCCUUUUUCUUCCCAUGAAUACCAAAGAACUGGUUUCCCCUUUCUAAACAGACAUGCAAAGCAGACACACACUUACCUCUACACACACAUACACAACUUGUCUCUGCCUCACACAUGCACACACACGUUAAAACAACACCCCGCCCCGCUCUGCUGCCAGCUGUUUUUGGUUAGGCAGUCGGGGCCUGCAGUGGAGAGGAGGAGCAGCAGGCCGGAGUCAUGGAGCGGCCGCUGGAGCUCACUGCCCUCGCUCUGGGCUGCGUUGGGUGGCUCUGUGCCAUCCUGACGCGCUGCCUGGCCCUGUGGAAGGUGAGCGGCACCCUGGACAACACAACGGCUACUCUGCCUGCAUACUGGGACGGGGUGUGGCUGGAGUGGGAUCACUGGGACUUGGCCCACGAUGGCAGCCUGCACUGCACCUUCUACAGGUCUCUAAUGUCUCUAUCAGGGAGUUUUCGGACGUGGAGAGCCCUAAUCAUGGCUGCUAUUGGAGCCGGGGCUUUUGCGACAGUGAUUGGAGCAACGGGGGCCGUGUGGUUUCCUCUGCGUGGGCAGGUUAAAGUGGUUUCUGGAGCUCUCUUUGUGUUGUCUGGAAUCCUUUUGCUCGUGCCCAUAGCCUGGACGUGUCACCACACCAGUCAGCCACUGGAGGGAGCUGUGCUGAUGAGAAGAGACUGGGGACCUGCUCUUUACCUGGGAUGGAUCUCCUCUGGUCUCAUGGGGAUAGGAGGAGUGUUUCUCACCACCAGAUGCCCCACUAGAAACGCACAGCCGCCUGAUGCAAGCAGCCCACCGAAUGUAGAGGACGAGGCUAACCAUCCACUGAGCAGGAUCAACAGGACUACAUUCACAAGCAGCCAGUACGCGCGCUCAUCAGAACCCAUCUGAGCUGUGGUGUAAUAUUUAACAGAGUGAUAUAAAGUGUAAAUCAUUGGAGUGACUGUGGGUAGAUGAAACAGCAGAGGAUGCACAUGUUGAGUAAUGAUGCACAGUUUCAUGCGUGAACUCAACACUAUAAAUGAAAGCAUCUUGUAAGUAGUUCAUUGUUUGGGACGUGGGUAGACUUUAGGACUUUGCAUCUUAUUUCCCUGUGUUCACUGUGUCCUGUAUGACACUGAUACUAAACUGGAUUGAAUACUUUGAUUCGUUGGAUACACUGUACUGCCUUAAUCGUGACUGAGUAAAUGUUGGCCUACAAACUGAAUACUGUUUCGCACAAACACUUUGCCGACGUCAGAGAGAUGUACGUUUAUAUGAUUUGUUUUGUUGAGAGUGGCGAAAUGUUUACGACUGAGAUCUGUUGUUCUGCACUAAAAGACGUCAUGAAAUAAAGAAAACAUGUCAGAAAUA